GUACCCUCCUCCCUCCGCAGGCGGGUCACGCGCCUGCGCAGAGGCGGCCUCCUUCACCUCCGUGUCGCUCCUGCUUCCCUCGCGGUCGGCCCGAGUUUCUUCCCCUCCAAGCGAAGCCGGGCGGCGGCGGCCAUGGCGGACACGGCGCAGAACGGGCCCAUGCAAGGCGGCGCGGGCGGCGGCGCGGUGCAAUUUCUGAUGACUAACAAGUUGGACACAGCAAUGUGGCUUUCUCGUAUAUUCACAGUUUAUUGUUCAGCUUUAUUUGUCCUUCCUCUUCUAGGGUUGCAUGAAGCGGCUAGCUUCUACCAGCGGGCUUUGCUGGCAAAUGCGCUCACGAGCGCCCUUCGACUCCACCAAAGGCUGCCACAUUUCCAGUUAAGCCGGGCAUUCCUAUCUCAGGCCUUGUUGGAGGAUAGUUGCCACUAUCUUCUAUAUUCUCUCAUCUUCGUUAAUUCCUACCCUGUUACAAUGAGCAUUUUCCCAGUUUUGCUGUUUUCGUUGCUUCAUGCUGUGACCUACACAAAGAAAGUUCUUGAUGCACGAGGGUCAAAUAGUUUUCCUUUUCUAAGAAAUCUGUUGGACAAGCUAAACGCUAAUCAACAAAACAUCUUAAAAUUUAUAGCCUGCAAUGAAAUUUUCUUGAUGCCAGCUACUGUGUUUAUGCUUUUCAGUGGGCAGGGAAGCUUGUUGCAGCCUUUUAUUUACUACAGAUUUCUCACGCUCCGUUACUCCUCCCGCAGAAAUCCUUACUGCCGGACUCUCUUCACGGAAUUGAGGAUUGUUGUUGAGCAUCUCAUAAUGAAGCCUUCAUGCCCUGUAUUUGUACGAAGACUCUGCAUCAGCAGCAUUUCUUUUAUAAGCAGACUGGCACCAACGGUUGCGUAGCCAACACUGGAAACCUGCGUACGUCUCCCUAAUGAACAUUUUGAGCAGCUGGUAUUUCUGCUGGUGAUUUAUAAAUUCAGGAUCUCAGUCAAGGUUGUAUAGAAACGUUUCCUUCCAAGAGUCUGUUUUGUGGAUUGUAUCUAUGGUUUUUUUUUUUUUUAAGGUCUGUUUUUCUUUCCAAGCUGAUGUUUCUGUGUUUUGUGGAAGAUGAAUGCCUGUCAUCUUAGGCAAAAUACUUUUUAGGCAAACAUUUAUCUGUGUUGUACAAUAUGGUUUAUGUAUUGUCGUGAUUUCAUUAAUACUGAAUGCAAAAUACUUCUUCAAACCAAGAAACAAUGCCAGGCAAUACUAGCUGGGUGGUGUCUAGCAAGCCAUCAGAUGUUGCUGUAGUGUACUUGGUAGUUCUUGGGGGUUCGCAUCUGAAAUACCUUCCUAUGCGGUACAUUUGAGUCAGUAUUCUGUCAGUGAGCAAAUGAAAGAAACUCAAUCAAUUAAAUCAUCAUAAUUAACACAAAUCAGUCGGCAUCUGUCUGAAUAUGAACAGUAGGUCUAAACAUCUAAUUUUGUUGUUCUGAUUUAUUUAAUGCUUUUGAAAUGGAAAGCCCUCCAUCCUUCUCCAGCUCUAUCUUUUUUUAUCCAUAUUUCUUUAUGCUCUCUGACUGCCCUAUUACUUUUGCUGUCUUCUGAAACUGGGAUUCUUAAAAUGCCAAUCUGUGAAACGUUUGAAUAAUAAAGAUGGAUGUUAUGUUUAUUCCCAAGAAAACUCAUGGUGUUUGUGCCCUUUUGGGGUAAACAUCGUUCAACUAGACUGCUUCCAUUCAACCUCUAACAAUAUGUGAAGCGAUCUAACCCACAAUAGAAAUCUGAUCUGUAGGUGUUGAUUAUACUGUGAAAUUCAUUUCUGGGUGGUGAGGAAAGGCUUCCCUAUAAGGCAGAAGCAGAGGUGGUCUUUAAGGUAUAAAGGGCACCCCUCCUUUCCCUUCAGCCUUUGGGCCUGUUUGUGUUGGCAGUCACUGGGCUAGAACUCCAAGGAACUGGGUCCGGGGAUGAGUCUUUCCAUGCUGGCCGCUUCACCUUAAUCAAACCAUCAGGUGUGGAGACCUGAAGGACUUCUCUCCGCACGGCUGCUGUAGCUAUACGUUGGGAUGGCCACAGUGUGUGUGCAUGCUAUAGUUUAAAAUAACUUAGUAGCAAGUUUCCACCUAGGACAUAGGUGGAGAGCCAGUGGCCAUCCAGGUGUUAUAGGCCCAUACUUCUUAGGAGUCUCAGUAGAUGUGGUCAGUACUGAGGGAUGCUGAGAGUAUCCGUGCAUCAACACGGGAAGGUUCACAGGCUCCCCACCCGUCAUUAAGAAAAAAAUUGCUCCCCCUACCCCAUGGGAGUAAUGCUGAAAUUGCUGAACAGUGUCUGUUUUCUUCCAGGUAGAGGUGACAUAACGCCAUAAAGUCUAGCUCUGUACUGCCUCAACCAACCACUCUGCGCUAGUAUCCGUGCGGCCAUUGCACAUCCUGUUUGUGAGUUCUUCACAGGCAUCUAUUUGACGACUGUAGAAAUUAAAUACUGUCCCAGCACUGCUCUUAGGUUCUCACUUUAGAACUCGACUUGAUACACUUUUUCGGUGUGCUGCGUGUUUCAUGUAAAUCUCUGGGAUGAUUUCGAUAGGGCAUUUCUCCCAGGUGUAUAUUCUAGGCCUGAAUUUGUCUAAGCUGAUGGUUUACCGAUUGGGAUUCGACACAGCCUGAUGUGUUUUUUCUUGGGGAUCACUGAGUUUAUGGAGUGUAUUCCCAAGUGAGUGUAUGGGUAACCCUACCCAGAAAGAAAAAUACCCAGGUGAAAGCAGGGCGUUUGCAGAAGGGCCAACAGAAUGUUGUGCAAACCCCAGCCCUUAGCCACAGCCUCCAGUGCUUCUCAAAAAAAUGCUGCCAUGUUGCAAUUUUAAUGUGAUAGAAAAGGUAAAUUUUUUAAUACAUAAGGACAAUCAUGUUAGCUGUUUAAGGAAUCGCUUCGUUUUGAACUUGGCUGUUCAGUGAGCCAGAGCUCAUUCAUGAUCUAAAGGAGUGGAGAGGUCUGAAUGAGGGGCUAGUCUUGUCCUGUCUUCUACUAUGGUUUCUUAAAGGGAACAGGGCCAUAAAUGCUCAUUAUUUCACAUUUGUCACCGGGAUGGCACUGAGCUAUCUGCUGACUGUCGUUUCCGAAGUCCAAAUCCCUCCCUCUUCCUGCGGAUCUGCAUUUUAGGAUUGAGGAAUUAUUUGCUUAGGUACUACCUAUACACUGAUUCUUGUGGGCUGUUUCAUAAUUCAGUGUCUUAACUUUGCAUUAAUUGAUGCACUAAAUAAUUACAUUUGAUGCACUUGUUUUAAAACAGAUGUUUCUGUUUAUAUGUUUUUUGGGAGUAUAAUGUGAAUGCCAUUUUGAUUAAACUCAUUCAUUAGCUUGUCAUA